ACAGCCUCCUCCUCCUCCUCCUCCUUUUUCUCCUCUCUGCCUGUUUGUCAGUAGAGCGCUCUACUACCUAUUCAGAUCGCCUUGCGCCUGUUGGGGGAAGGUAAUUUAGUGCCGAGAUGGCCGUCCUCUCAAAGGAAUAUGGUUUUGUGGUUCUCACUGGUGCUGCCAGUUUCAUAUUGGUCACUCAUCUUGCCAUCAAUGUAGGCAAGGCCCGGAAGAAGUACAAGGUGGAGUAUCCCACCAUGUACAGCACUGAUCCUGAAAAUGGGCACAUUUUCAACUGCAUUCAGCGAGCCCACCAGAAUACAUUGGAAGUGUAUCCUUCCUAUUUAUUCUUUCUAGCUGUUGGAGGUAUUUACCAUCCUCGCUUAGUUUCUGGUUUGGGGAUUGCCUGGAUAAUUGGACGUGUACUUUAUGCUUAUGGCUAUUACACAGGAGAACCCAGCAAGCGGAAUCGAGGCAUGGUAGGUUCCCUUGCUCUCCUAGGACUGAUGGGGACAGCUGUGUACUCUGCUUUCCAACAUCUUGGUUGGAUUACCCGAGGCUUGGGCCAUGGGCCUAGGAAUUGUCAUUGAAGAAACAAAGGCUUAACUAUCUCCUUCUUUUGGAUGAUAAACCUUUAACAUUUAAGUGUGCUUUUUUCUUUUUCUAAAUACAAUAAACCUAUUUGGCAUUAGCCUCAUACCUA